GGCCGUCGUAUUGUUAUGUGUAGUAUGUUCGUGCCGCUACAAUGUUCGCGCGGGAGAAUUACGCUGUCUCCUCAACUUUAUUGUAUUUCGGGGUGUUGUUGUUGUGUUGCAUACAGUGCCAGUGCAAAGUGUGUCUCACGAUGGACGUACGAAACGUGCCCAGGAGCAUGGAGAAACUCAGGAACUGCACGGAAAUACAGGGCAACCUGAUGAUCGUAUUGAUGGAAACAGUAGUGGACGAAUCGGCCUUCGACCCGUACACCUUUCCAGAACUGAAGAAGAUCUCCGGUUAUUUGUUGUUUUUCCGAAUCCGGAAGUUGACUUCGGUCGCGAAACUUUUUCCGAACUUGAGAGUGAUCGGUGGCAGUGAUACAAUUUUGGAUUAUUCGCUUAUUAUUUACGACAUGCCGGAUAUCAAAGAGGUAAGUCUAUUUAUUUUGUAUAACUCUAUUGUAGCAUGGUGA